AUGGCCGAAAAGCCGCUCGUUCUCGUCACCGGCGGUACCGGCUUCCUCGCCGGCUGGAUAAUCAUCCUCCUCUUCCGUCAAGGCUACCGCGUCCGCACAACAGUCCGCACCUUAUCUCGAGCCGCCGCAAUAGAAUCCUCCCUCCGUGCAGCCGACGGAAUCACCGAAUCUCAAAUCUCAUCUUUGCAGGUCGUUGAAACUGAUCUUCUCAAAGACGACGGCUGGGCUGAAGCUGUCAAGGACGCUACAUAUGUACUCCACAUCGCAUCCCCAUUUCCGGCUGCCCUACCAAAGCAUGAAGACGACCUCAUUAUUCCCGCCCGUGAGGGUACGCUGCGUGUACUUAAAGCCGCCCGCGAUUCGGGGUGUGCUACUCGUGUUGUGAUGACUAGUAGCUUUGCGGCUGUUGGAUACGGACAUCCUAAGGAACGUAGUCAGAGUGGUGUCCCUUAUACCGAGAAGGAUUGGACAGAUCUCGGACCUGGAAGUACUGUGCCGCCAUACAACAAAUCAAAGACUCUAGCCGAGCGCGCCGCAUGGGACUUCAUGAAGAAUUUGGAGAGUCAGAGUAACAGCAAGCUUGAGCUUGCCGUUAUCUGCCCAACCGCCAUACUGGGACCCGCACUCGGUAAAGACGACGCCUCUAGUCUAAAGACCGUGGGCGAGCUUCUGAGUGGUGCUCUACCUGGAUCUCCAAAACUACAAUUUGGUAUUGUCGACGUCCGCGACUGUGCUGAUAUGCACUUGCGAGCUAUGACAGAGCCUAAGGCCAAGGGAGAACGAUUCAUAUGUGUGGGCGAAGGAAGUCUUUGGCUAGAAGAUAUAGCUAAGAUUCUAAAAAAAAACAUGGGAUCAAAAGCAAGAAAAGUACCGACUAUGGUGCUGCCAAAUAUAAUGAUGCGAGGUGUGGCACUUUUCUUGCCUAUUGUGCGGCUUGUUUUGGGAGACUUGGGGGUCGCCAAAGAGAUCAGUAAUGCUAAGGCGAGAGAAGUGCUUGGUUGGCAGUGGCGAUAUUCAAGUGAACAAGCGGUGAUGGCGUCAGCUGAAAGUCUUAUUAAAUUCGGUAUGGUCAAUGUGUAG